AUGCGAUCUAAAAAGGUCGCCAUCAUCGGUGCCGGCCCCUCUGGGCUCGUUACAGCCAAAACACUACUGCACAACUUCUCCCAUGGGGCUUUUGUGCCGGUGAUCUUUGACACACGUCAUGAAGUUGGUGGUCUGUGGCCGAAUCAGGCACAUGGCACCCCAGUGAGAAAGGCCGGCGCUCCGGGGACUUUGGAUCCCUUAAUGCGGACUAAUCUCAGUCGAUUCACGGUAUCAUUUUCUGAUUUCUCGUGGGAGUCGGCUCUGGGUGAUACGGAUGUUCCGAUGUUUCCGCAGGCUAGGCAGGUUGGCCGGUACCUGGCUGCAUAUAGCGAGCGCUACAUUCCCCAGGGAGUUCUCCGAUUGGGCCAGCGAGUCAUUAGUGCCGCGCGUUCUGUAGACGUUGAAGCUGAGUCUAGGUGGAGUGUAUCGUGGGUCAAAGAAAGUGUGCAUGAAACAAAUCUGUCAAGCGACGAAGUCUUCUCUGAAGACUUUGAUUUUCUCGUUGUUGCAUCUGGUUACUUUGCUCGCCCAUGUGUCUCUGAUAUCCCCGGGCUGGGGCAGUUCACAGGACGGGUCGUCCACAGCUCAAACCUUGAAAAGGGAAACGGCUCGCCUGUCGAACAUGGAAGCAGCAGCCCGAGUCGCGGAAAUGUGGCUGUCAUUGGGGGAAGUAUGUCGGGUGUUGAAGCAGCUUCUGCACUUGCACUCAGUGAGUCAUCAUCGAUGUUCAAUUCCGCCCUAAGGUCUCAGGAUCGAGUGAGGCAGGCAGUGUAUCACGUAUACUCACGACCUUUUUGGAGCUUGCCCACUUACCUGCCAAAUGAAACGGCCAAAGACAACAUCUCAUUCUUGCCUUUGGACCUGGCCAUGUAUGACCUGGGCCGUCGCCCUCCGGGUACAAUAGAGUAUGCUCUGGGUCUAAUUCCGGAGGACAAAGCUGCGAGAACUAAUGAAUACUUCAACGCCCUUCUGGGUACCGAAUACGAGAAAUUUGGGCACAUGAAUGGUGACAAUACUGGGCAAAAGUCUACUCUUCGACCACCGUGGGUGGCGAUUGGCAACGACUAUCCAGAAUUUGUUCGGUCUGGAGCUAUCAAGCCAACAAUGGGACGGGCUACAUCCGUGCAUCCUGAACCAGACACCGGACUGGCUUCCAUCAAGAUCGAGACCGCAAAUGGGCAAUAUAUGAUCUUGGAGAAUGUGUCAUCUAUCGUGCUGGCUACAGGAUUCACGCCCUUUGAAUCCUUAUCCUUCCUACCCGCAGAUGUUUUGGCUACUCUGGAAUACUCCACUGAGGAUCCGUUCUUGCCACUCAUUCUAGACAAAGGUGGCACCUUUCGCUCGGAAAUACCGGACUUAGGAUUUGUUGGCUUCUACCGCGGUCCUUACUGGGGAAUCAUGGAGAUGCAGGCUAGAUUCCUCGGCGAGGCUUGGACCGGACAAAUCGGAGAUAAUUGGAAGACCGAAGGUCAGCGAGAAAACCUCCGAGUUCUGAGACAUGUCGACUCGGAGAUUCACCGCGGUCAAUUCCCCAUGGGUGACUAUGUAGGGCUGAUGGAAUCCUUUUCCGCGGACCUGGGGGUCACCCGCACCGAACUCUCCAAUGGCGACAGUCGGUCCGGGCCUGUUGUUCCUGCUCGUUAUCUCCAUCGUGUGAAUGCUGUAGAGAAUGUGGAGGUUCAACAAACCUUGAAAAGUCUACAAGCCAUCUCAAACCACAGUGACGGCGCCGCCCAGGCAGCAGCCGCACUAGCUAUCUUCAGAGCUCUACACGGGAGCUGGAAAUUCACUCGGUCAGCUGUAGCCACUGGCGUGAUAGAGACUUUUGGAAACGCGGUGUUCCACCCUCGCUACCCUUCAGACCCGAAAUAUGACAGGGAAUAUUUCUGUGAAGAGCAAUUGAAGCCCACAUUCGUAAAGGGUGGGCCCAUUGCUAAACGGGCAGCUCAAUCGGUAUUUCGUCUAUCGGAAGCCGGCACCUCCAGUGCCACGCGAAUUGAGAUAUGGACUGUGGAUCCGCAGGGAAACACAAAGUCCGGUCCCAACUUUUGUUUGAAGCUGACACCGUUCUAUCGCAAGAAGAAAGAUGGAGAAUAUCUUGCAGGAGAAUACGUGAUUUACGCUGAGAGCAUACGCCUGGCUGAUGCCAUUGACUUGGCUGAGAGGACCGUAUCUGAACGAAAUGAAUACACUUUCCAUUUUAAAGGAGUCUCCAUUGCUUCCUGGGAGUCUAUAUCCCAUGGCACUGGGACAACCGAAGGCAAAAUUUUCGCUGAGGACCGAUGUGGUCCGCGUUCACGAACUGUGUAUGAAAGAUAG